ACGGUGCUGUAGUCGCAUUAUCGGGUCACUCACGUCUCCAUCGGAAAUAGUAAAGUGCAGUUAUCUCUGAAUAUCUUUCGUUUUUUUAUGGGAAAUCCUUUCGAUGACAACGAAAUAUUGAUAAAAUUGUGAUAAAUAAAAGUGUGAGUUAUUGACCAGUGAAUAUUGUCACGAAUGAUAAAAAUAGUAAAGCGUUUUUCAUAAAAAUGAGGCUGAGAUCAUCCUAAACGAGGGGGAUUGGUCAACUUGUUGCUUCCACACCUUCUUCAACAGCCAGGUUGGGUCACCAACAGGUGACACAUGUGACUCCUACAAGAUGCCCAAGAAAAGGUUUAAAUUGCCAACUGGACGUCGUGCUGAACUAGAACGUUCUACAUCUCCUCCACGACGUUUUGAGUCUUCACUGGGCAGUGAUGACACCAGCACCCGUGAAUCCGAAUGCAGUCAUGAGCACUCACUCACCAGCCCCAUCUCUCCUGUGCCAGGAGGAGUUCCAAGGGCUACACUUUUUGAUUCCUUAGCAGCAGAAUUGCGUGCCAAAUUGAAUGGGAAUGCACCUCCAUUGUUACUUCCGCCCCGUGACUACGAUACUGUACAUCGAUCAAAGGGAAACCUGGCAGCUACUGAGCUUCGUCGAUGCCAGAAUCAAUUAAUUGUAGGUGGACCAGGGAAGCAGGGUAUCUCCUCGCAUGGAUCUUCUGGCAUCAGAUCAGAUCUGGCAGCUAGUCUUGAGCGUCAGGAUGAACAUUCAUCCAGCGAUGAUGACUGGACCAAUGAUCAUCAAGAAUCUGUUAUUGUAAUGCAAGCUCCACGGAGACCUGCCCCAGUUGACUUGACACCUACUAGAUUGCCAAAUCAGAGACCUACAGCCACGUAUUUGUAUCCCCACGUGCCCCUACGAAACGAGAAAUUUAUAGAUGAUCAUAGAGAACUUGUCAGACAUCGAAGAAUCCGUUCAAAAGUACCGGCUGAAGAUCGACAAAGGAAAGAUUCUUCACAAUCACGCGAAGAAGAGGAAAUCAAACCUAUUUUGAUGAAAAAUCGUCCUCCGUACAACGAAGCAACAAGAUUUCGAGAGUUAUUUGAGGAAGGUAGACGAUAUGCCGAAGAACCAAGAAGAUUCCAAUCCUUUGAUGAUGAUGAAGACGAAAUUGAGAGUCUAAUGAAAAAGCAUUCUCUUGCAGAGAUGAAAGAAAUUGAUUUUAGAGAGAAAUCUUCAAGGGGAGAGAAUCUUACAGACAAGCAAAAGUACAUGGUGGAAAAGUAUCGACAGAAUCGUUAUCGUGAACGGAUGUAUCCUGAUCAGAUUGAAGAUGUGGUUGAGAAGAUGGAAAAGGGAAAAUAUCAUGAUGAGAAGCCACGUCACAAAAUGCCACUAUCAGAAAAAUCAAGUUGUGGAAGUAGGGAAAAAUCAGCAGAAAUAUCCAAAUAUGGAGAAUUUCCUGUUGAAGGAGGAAUCGAUGCAAAUCCCUACAAUGAGCCAGAGAGUCAACCCUAUUGGGAAUCAGUCCAAAAGAUGCUUAAAUCUUCACUAAUUCAAUACAAAUUCGAAGAUGCUAAGUACCAUCGUGAGAUGCUUGACAAAGAGGAAGCUUGGCAGAACAAAAAACGCUACUCAUCGCAAGAACGUUAUCGUGAAGGUGCCAGAAAGUAUCAAAAUGCUGAAGAAGAGUUUAAGCCACGUCGACGAGAGCACGUAAUUGAAGAAUUGAAGGUGUCUCCAAAAGAGCGCUUUUACAGUGCAAAAGAGAAAUUCCAAGCGAUGGAACGUGGAGCUCACAAACCCCUGAGACGAUCUCGUGAUGCAAUAGUACACAGAAGAGGAUCGAUUGAUCCUCCAUCGAGUAAUUCCCUACGGCGUCAGAGAUCUCAUCCAAUAACUUCCAGAGAAGAUUGGAGUUCUGAUGAGGAUCUCUCGCUCCAAGGCAUUUCAUCCCCAUCUGUGUCCACAUAUCGUGAUCUUCCCUAUGACGAUCACGAACCCCCUCGUAUGACGCCCAGCAAGAGUUUGGGAAAUAUAGUCAAGGGAUAUCGGAAAAGCUAUGCUGAACCACGAGACCCCCUGCCCCGUGGCAGUGGUCGCGUUGGUCUCGCAGCUGUUAAUCCCUACUGAUCGACGACAACGAUUCGAAAUAUCGCAAUCUCGGUUGUGAAAAUUUAAAAUUGUAGUAAAUCUCUUUAUAGAAAGAAAUACUCAAACAUUCUACAUAAAAAUAAUCCAUCCCAGUUAUGUAUUUUAUGGUAUAAUUUAUUACUAACUCUCUAUUUUUCAAUCUCUUACGUGCCUUACAGAAAAAUCUCAUGGAAAUUGCCUUUUACUGGUUUUCCAUUAUCUUUUUAUACUCUUUUCUUUUGUAAACUUUUAUAUGGAUAUACAAAUAAAAUUUAAAAAAAGGAUUUU